CAGUGAUAAUAGCUUUUUGGGAGUGCCGAGCUAAGCUUUCUUCUCUGGGCUUUUGUGACGACAUAUGCCACUUUAAUGGCAUCAUCGCGUAUAUAGGGUCCAGACUCAGGAUGAGAACGGUUUGGGCAUAUUGACCAAUAACCCAAUACCGGUGGGUAGAUAUAACUAUGGCAUCUCUCCUGCAUCCCUGUACCCAUCGUAUCCCGCAUCAGAUUGUCCACCAUGGUGCUCUUUGAAAACCCAAAGGCCGCUCCGAGCAACGCAUCGCCCACGGCGAGCUAUAACAACCAUGAGGACUUUCAGCGUAUCGACCCUGACACCGGCGUCAAGCGAGGCCUUAAAACACGGCAUCUUUCCAUGAUGGCUCUUGCAGGAAUUAUCGGCCCUGGCAUCUUGGUCGGAACUGGAGGCGCGUUGUCCAACGGCGGUCCUGCUGCUCUGCUUAUCGGCUUUGGGAUAAUCGGUAUCAUCGCUUUCAGCAUUACACAAUCUUUGGGGGAGAUGACUACCUUGUACCCAACCGGCGGCGCAUUCACUACACUCUCUGUUAGAUUCGUCGAUAAAGCAUUUGGAUUCGCAGUCGGAUGGCAGUAUUGGUUGGUUUGGGCAUGUGUAUUGGCCAAUGAAUACAACGUCAUAUCAUCGCUCAUGGUUUUCUGGAGCGACAGGGUACCUUCCUGGGGCUACUUUUUGAUCUUUUGGUUCACAUUCGCCGGUUUCCAGAUGAUUGGUGUUGAGUCAUUUGGCGAAGCAGAGUUUUGGCUUGCAUUGGUCAAGAUCGCAGGACUCUGCGCCUACUUCGUCUUCUCCAUCGUUUACGCUUCGGGUGGCCUCAUUGGCCAACAGGAAGCGAUUGGCUUUCGAUACUGGCAUGAUCCAGGCGCAUUGACGAACGGCUUUCGCGGCGUUGCACAGGUGUUUGUAUUUGCCUCAACGUUCUAUGCCGGUGUCGAAGCAGUUGCUGUUGCGGCAACCGAGACGAGAAACCCAAGCGUGGCCGUUCCCCUGGCUAUCCGACAAGUCAUCUGGCGUAUCCUCUUCGUAUACAUGGGCGUGGCAUUCUUCUUCGGCCUCACAUGUCCAGCUGAUGCGGACGAUUUGAUCAACGGGUCGAGUCGUGCACUGAAAAGUCCUAUGACGAUCGCUAUCCAGAACGCAGGAUGGGAAGGCGGAGUUCACUUGAUUAACGCUUUCAUCUUCGUCACCGUUCUCUCAGCAGCAAAUAGCUCCAUAUACAUUGGAUCUCGGACACUUCUCUUCAUGGCUCAGGAAGGAAUGGCACCUCGUUUUCUGGGCAAAACCAACGGCCGCGGUGUGCCCGUGCCUGCCAUGCUCUUCACGAACCUUUUCGGUUGUCUCUCUCUGAUGAACCUAAGCACUGGUGGCGGAACGGCAUACGGAUACAUCAUUAACUUAAGCGGUGUGUCAACCUUCCUUGUCUGGGCCGCAAUCUCCUUCACACACAUCCGAUUUCGACAAGCCUGGAGUGCUCAAGGACGAUCUCCCAACGAGCUUCCCUUCAAAUCCUUCCUCUACCCAUGGAAUGCGUAUUUUGGAGUUUCUGCCAAUGUGUUCCUUGCUUUCGUGCAAGGAUGGACGACUUUUAGUCCAUUCGACGCUGGAACAUUUGUGGACGCGUAUGUUCUCCUUCCACUAUUCGUCAUCAUGUUUGUAGGGUAUAAGUUCUGGUUCAAGACACGAUGGUGGAGGAGCCCCGAGAUUGAUCUGGAUGCCGGAAUGAGGGAAGACUUGGACACCAAGGAUGAACUUGCACAAGGCGAACCGCAGGUGAAGCAGAGUUUCGGGAAGAGACUGUUGAGGCAUUUCUAGGCUAAAUCAUAUUUUACCUGGCACUGUGCUUUGGGAUCGCCAGAUUGAGACUCCAGAUUCAAUGUACUGAAUUGUGAAGUCUCACUUGCCUAUGAGUGAAACUUGAAACCCCACUCCAAACCUGUUGUUUACA